UCCGCCACCUGAUUCAUCAGAACUACUCGCUCAGGAAGAAAGAGGGGCAGGACUGUUUAUACAUCUGCAAUGGCCAUUGAGCUGCGCUCUGGUGUCAAAUAUGGCUCGUUUUUGUCACUUGCAGUGGUGUUGGUGGCGUAUUGGUUCCGCUCGCCGGACAGCUCGGUUCUGAACGAGAGGCUGGACGCGGUUCUGUCGUCACUGUUGCGCGCAGAGCGGAAAGUAGGAAUGGACAGCGUUUCCAGACCGCGAGUGGCUAUAGGUUUUGGCGGCUGUGUGGAUAUCAUUGUCGAUGGAGUGACUCUGCUGAACAAAAUGGGUUUGAAGCCGACAGACCAGCCCCUCCACCACGACUACAUCGAGAACACGGAGCAGCUGGCACAGAGUUUCGCUUACUUUUUCUCCCCCGGAGCUGCUUCAGAGAGGUUUGUGAUAAAUGACACGCUCUUCAGUGAGCUGGUAGAGGCUUCUCGAGAGUUACCAGGAAACAGGUGGUCGAUCGGAGGAAAUGCACCUGUCAUGGCCAGCAGGAUGGCUCUGGAAGGAUGUGAUGUGCUUUUAGGGGGCAGUUUCAGCACCGAUUUCACUGAUAUCCUCUCACAGCAUAUCACAGUGGCUGGAAACACAGUGGAUGAACCAGACAUCCACCUGAUCCUGGAGUAUCCCACAGGUGCCAAAUGGGGGACGUACACCUCCCGAAGAGCCAACAGGUAUAUUGUUCAUAGUGAUGAUCAUAAUCCAUAUCUGGACUCCAUGGAGCAAUUUCAGGAGAAGCUGAACAACUUCAAACCAGAUCUGCUCGUUGUAGGAGGGCUACAGAUGAUGGACAACUUCCCUUUCAAACGGGGAGAGCGUGAGGCUCUGCUGGGAAAGCUUGCGAAGAUGUUGUCCUCCGCGUCCCCGCAGACCGCUAUCCAUUUCGAGAUGGCCAGCUUCGUAGACGAGAGUCUGAUGUCGGAUCUUUUAGACUUUGUUCUUCCUCACACUGACUCGUUGGGCAUGAACGAGCAAGAGCUGCCUAAUCUCCUGAGCCUUUUCCGCGGCAGCAACUUGACCGUGCUUUCUGACCCCAACCCACGCGUAGCUACAGUGCUGGACCAGAUGCGAGAACUCUACCGGCUGGUAAACCAGCGCCAUCAGCAGGCCGGCACGGGUCGGCCGCUCACGCGUCUUCACGUCCACACGCUGGCUUUCCAAGCCAUCAUCGUCAAACGUGGCUCCAAGUGGAAGAACACAAUGUCGGCCACAGCCAAAGCAUCUCUUACCGCCAACCGGCACGUCUGCGGCUCGCCAGACAUCGAUCUCAGUAAAGCGCGGCUGAUCAUGGACGAAUCAUUCUCUGUUAGCAGGCAAGAAGGAAGUCCGAGAAUUCCACUUCAGGAAUCCCGACCCGUUUCGUGCUGGGAUGAGGACGGCUAUGAGGUUUGCGUGGCUCCUGUGCUGGUGUGCACUGAGGUGUACCAGACUGCUGGAGGAGGAGACAACAUCUCAGCCGCUGGGCUCGUACUGCAGAUAUGAGACGUCUUUGUUAUUCUUUUCUUUUCUUUUCUUUUAUUGCUUUAUUUUAUUAUUUUGUGUGAACAACAUCGAGAGAGAUCAUGUGCAAUACAAACAUUGGGUCCAGCUAAUAUAAAGUUGGGUGAAUCUCACAAAACGUGUCAACAACAUCCACAUCUUAUUUCACCCUUAAAUCAACAGAAACCAAUUUAGUUUUUAUGAUUUUUUAUUAUUAUGUUAAGUUUAUUCUUUUUAAAAUAUUAUUUUCUGAACAGUUAAGCAAAUUUUUUCUUUAUCUAAUUCUCAUUUUUAUACGUUGUCUUUGUGCUGAUUUUUAAACUACAUUAUUUUUUGAUUGUAAUAUAGUAAAAAAAUACUUUAUUAUAGUAAUGAGAAUAUAUAUAGAACAUACAUGAAAAUGUGCUUAAUUUUCAGGAAUAAUCAUUUGUUUUUGUUUUUCCUUUAUGCAAAAUAUAUCUUCUUAUUUUUCCCUUUGAUUUUUGUGUGAAAUAUGAUCUGGACACUUGAUUAUGAGAUUCACUAAGCUAUCCCAUCUAUAGGUCAUAUGUUUUCAGUUUGUUUUUCUUUUCGUUUAUUUCUAUCCAGAACCUUUAUGUCUUAAAAUGGCUUCGUAAUCAUUCACUUCACGCACUUUAAUCCAACAGGGGCCACUAAUCUUAAAAUAAUAUGCAAAAGAAAGUUUGAGCACCCAAAACUAUUAUAUUAUUACUGAAAUCGAUCAAUGCUGAUGCACACAGUAGCCUUCUAUGUUAAUGUCAAGUGGAAAUGCAGACAAAUUUAGCAUGACUGAAGCAUUAUGGGGUCCACAUUUGACCUAACAUUGCUUUCUCCUCAUUGGUCGAAUGUUAUUGCUUCCUUGUUUUAUGCUCUGCCUACUCAAGUAACGUCUUUAUUCUCAUAGCACCAUCAUAAUCCACUUUAACAAGCGAUUGAGCAGUUACACAAUAUCCCAAACAUGGGAUUCCAUCUCAUAUUCUCAUGUCUUAUUUAUAUCUUUAGCUUAUUUUACAAUACAACGACUGAAUUCAAACACAUGCCACUUUUAAUUAAGGAAGCAUGGCUUGAUUUUUAAUUCUAGGGAAGUGAAAUGUUUUAAGAAUAGUAAUUUUAGCUUGUGUGGGUGAAUCUCAUGAAAGCAUCAAGAACAUGUCCCAGUCAUAUUUCUCCCCAAAGUCAAUAGAAAGAAAUAUAUUGUAGUAAUCUCAAUAAAAAUUUUUUUUUUUUUUUUUUUUUUAUGUGACCUGUCCAUGCUUUCAUGAGAGUCACCUUAGUACUCUAAUUAUGUUUGAGUUUGAAUGAAGAACUAUUCUUGAAAUGGAUGUUAUAGGAAGCCAAUACCACUUAUUUCUUUAUAUGCAAAAACUAUCUGCAUGAAUGUAUUUUCAGGAGGAGGAUUCGAAGAACUUUGGCAUAUGGUUUGUAAUCAGAGUUGUGAGUGCCUCUUUAAACCGAUUCAGAAACAUCUAAGCAAAUCACAUCUUCCAUUAGUCACUCUGAGUGCAAAUUAUUACCUACCUCCUGUGCCUAAAAAAAUAUACCCAGCUUAACUGAUGUCCUUCAUGAUUAUAUUGUAUACUUGCAUUUAUUUGCGUGAUGGGUACAUUAGAGAUGCAUGUGCAUGCUAGUGUAACACGAUAUUGGACAGGAGAUGGAUGUCCCACCCUAUGAGAGAUAUCAGAGUGAGUGCUUUUAGAUGAUCGUCAGCUGAUAUAUGAAAUAUAUCUCAGGGAUUACAGUACUCUGGAUGUCUAAAAUCCACAACACUUGAGUUUGAACCAAUUUAGCUGUGACAGAGAGCAGCCGGUGUGAUUCUGGAUGAGAUCUGAGCCUGAGGUCCGGCUAAUUUGAAGAAUCUUUAGUGUGAAAAAAAAUAGCAAUGGAUUCUUUUGUUAUGAAUGUGAUUCAUGUGUUUAAUCAUACCGUAAUAAUACAAGAGUGAUUUAGGUGAUUGAUCAUAAGGGUUUAUGAAGCAAUUGUAGCAUUGGAAUUGUUAAUUACAAUAUGGUGGUAAGAGUGUUGAGUGUUGUUAUGAUAUGCCUUUUGUCUUGGCCAUGUGUGGUCUAUCAGCAACAGCUGUUCUGAAGGGAAACAACUCACUCUGUAUGUAAUAAAAUAAUACAUUCCAUUUACGGUA